UAUGAAUUUUUGUGAAUUCAUCUAACUCACAGUUGAAAGUGAGGAUAAAUUGGAGGAAAUUAGAAUUGCUUUAGCUAGUCUAGAAAUGUUUGAACUCAACACAGGUAUCCAUUCUCAUAUUUAUAUUGAGUGUAUAAAAGACUUGAUUAACCAAGAUAAAGUGCUUUGAAAGAGGAAUAGAUUCUAGAAUUUUUAGAUGAUAACAAUGUUUAAGUUACCUAAGAGGAGUUAAGUUACAUUUUUAGAGUUUUGGAUGUUGAUAAGGAUAACUUUGUUACAUUGGCAGAGUAACUUUUUAUUCAUUAUUUUCAAGUUUCUAAUAAGUAAUCUUACCAAAAACUAACGAGUAAGUGAAAGACUAAGCACUUAAUCAUAAAUCAUAUGAAAUGCCUUAAAGUAUGCUCUUACCAAAAGAUGUUGAAUCAAAAUUAAUUGCAUUCUUUGUACAAUUAAAAAACAACUAUAAGUAUUAUUUUUUUUUUAUUUUUAGUCAAUAUUAAAAUAUUGCAGAUCCAAUCAAUCUUGAAGAAUUAGAAAUUUUUGAGAACGAAAAUUAAAUCACUCUAGAUUCUCUUAAAAACUGGUUAUAAACAAUUGAAUAGGAGAUCGAUGAUUAAAUUCUAGAUAAAUUCCUUAUUAUAAUUGAUGGAAAUUUAAACAACUUAUAAAAUCUACUUUAUUAAAUCUAUUAUUAAAUAGAGUAAUAAGAAAAUUAGCCAAAUGAAGAUCCUAAAUAAAACUAAGAAUAAUAAGAUGGGGAAUAACCUGCAGAAAAUUAAAUUGAAGUUUAAGAUGUUAAUUACUCAUAAUAGGAUUUAUAAAAAAGUGAUGCUCUCUAAGAAUCAUUUAAUCCAACUUAAACUUAAAAGUAGGAAUAAAAUAAAGAACAAUAAUAAGAUCAAAUUGCUUAAUCAAAAGUUCUAUAAGAGAGUUAGCCUUAUUCUUAUGAUAGUCCUUUAUUAAAUUAUUAUCAUUAACAAAUUAAAGAUGAAGAAUCUAAAAUUAAAAAGCUAUGUGAAGAAUUAAAUAUUCCAAAUAUCUAUACAUAAAAAAGAGAUGAAUCAGCAUUGAUCAAAUAUUAUGAAAAGGAAAUUAUGAGAGAAUAAGAAAUCUUUAAUAAAUUAUAAUCAGAAUCAAAAAUAUCAGGAGCUACUUCUAAAGUAUCUAAAUCUAGUUUCACUCCUGAUCCAUUAUAUUUAGAUGAAUAUUAAAAAGAACUCAUUCGUAUUGAUAAUGAAAUCAGAAAAGAAGCCACUAAUCUUAGUUUACUUUAAUCUAAGAUCAAUAUUAGUAGUGGUUUAUCAACUAGUUAUUUGAAGUAAUAUUUAAAUUAAUAUUUAAGGUAUGAAAGUCCAAGUAAAAUUUAAGAAUCCUACCUUUAAAACAAUUUUUCAGGAUAAAAGGUAUAUAAUAUUAUAUUUUAUAGAGAUAAUUUAAUUAUCAUAAAUGA